AUGGCUUCCACAUCGCCGUACGAUAGCUACCAGACGUCACUGACGACGCGGUACUGCAGCCCCGCCAUGUCGCAGCUCUUCAGCCAGCGAUCGCGCCACUCGACAUGGCGCAAGCUCUGGCUAGGCCUCGCCGAAAGCGAGAAGGAACUCGGCAUCGAUACCAUCACUCCGGAGGCUCUCGAGCAGAUGAAGGCCAACCUCACCGUCACCGACGAGGGUUUCGAGGUAGCCCGUGUGGAGGAAAAGAUCCGCAGACAUGAUGUUAUGGCUCACGUCCACGCUUUUGGUGUUGCGGCUCCCGCCGCCGCUGGCAUCAUUCACUAUGGCGCCACUAGCUGCUACGUAACUGACAAUGCCGAGCUGAUCCUGAUGAAGGAGGCCCUGGACCUUCUCACCAAGAAGCUCGCCAAGGUCAUUUCCAACUUGUCCGCUUUUGCCCUCAGGUGGAAGGCCGAACCUACCCUCGCCUACACCCACCUGCAGGCCGCCCAGCUCAUCACCGUCGGCAAGCGUGCUGCCCAGUGGGCGCAGGACCUGAUGCUCGAUUUGCACAGCAUCGAGCAGGCCCGCGACGAGCUCAAGUUCCGUGGCGCACAGGGCACCACCGGCACCCAGGCCUCGUUCCUCGAGGUCUUCCAGGGCGACUCGGCCAAGUGCGACGAGCUCAACGAGCUUCUCUGCAAGAAAUUUGGCUUCCCUAGCUGCUACGAUGUCUCCACGCAGACCUACACGCGCAAGGUCGAUCUGCUUGUGGCCAACGCCGUCGCCGGCCUCGGCUCUUCUGCGCAGAAAAUCACCGGCGACAUCCGCCACCUGGCUCACUGGAAGGAGAUUGAAGAGCCUUUCGAGAGCUCCCAGAUUGGCUCCUCCGCCAUGGCCUACAAGCGCAACCCCAUGCGCUCUGAGCGCGUGUACUCGUUGGCCCGUGAGAUCCUCAGCAAGCCCGCCACUUUCCAGGCUACUCACGCCGACCAGUGGAUGGAGCGUACACUAGAUGAUUCUGCCGUGCGCCGCAUCGACAUCCCCGAGACCUUCCUGCUGGCCGAUGCCAUCCUUAUUGGCCUCGACAACAUCACCGACGGUCUCAUUGUGUACCCCAAGCGUAUUGCCGCCCACAUCCAGGCGGAGCUGCCCUUCAUGGUCACCGAGAGCAUCAUCAUGCGCCUGUGCGCCCUCGGCGAAUCGCGACAGGAGGCCCAUGAGCAGAUCCGCGUCCUCUCCCACCAGGCCAGUGCCGUAGUCAAGAACGAGGGCAAGCCCAACGACCUCGUCGACCGUAUCAAGAGCAACGAGUUCUUCAAGCCCAUUUGGGGCGAGCUGGACGGCAUGCUCAAGGCUGAGCUGUAUACUGGCCGCAGCGCCGAUAUUGUCGACAAGUACUGUGGCCCGGGUGGGCCCGUGGACCAGGCCUUGGCCCCGUAUCGCGAGUACAUCAAGGGCGCUGCCACUACCGAACUUAGCGUCUAA